GCCACGUGUAGACCAGCUCAUUGGAAUCACCGAACACCCAACUCUCCUCUACGAUAAAAAGCCUCUUCAUUUCGAUCUCAUCUUCAUCGACAUUCGAUUAUCCCAAUCCAAACUUCAUCAUUCUCUGAUCAGCCAGCGAAUCCGAUCCCUCUCCGAGAAACUAGAAAUGGGUUUGAAGGAGGAGUUUGAGGAGUACGCCGAGAAAGCCAAGACCUUGCCUGAGAACACCACGAACGAGAACAAGCUUAUCCUCUAUGGACUAUACAAGCAGGCCACAGUGGGACCAGUGAACACCAGUCGUCCCGGUAUCUUCAACAUGAAGGACAGAGCAAAGUGGGAUGCAUGGAAGGCUGUUGAAGGGAAAUCGAAGGAGGAAGCCAUGAGUGAUUACAUCACCAAGGUGAAACAGCUGGUGGAAGAAGCUGGUGCCUCUGCUUGAUGGGCUUCAUUGCUUCGGCACAGCCUUUAGUUUCUUACUUGAACACUUACAAUCAUGUCUUUGAUCUUCUGUUCAUGUGCAGUGUUCCACAGAGUGCGGAUCGAUGAUCACUUUGCUUUUGGUUUCCACUUUAAUCUAUUUCCUUUUUGUUAUGAAGCGCAUUUUGGUAUGCAAUGAUAGGCGGAGCACAUUUUCCGUUAUGUUAUGAAUUCUCUUACAUUCUGGCAAGUUGCUUUUCUUAACUUUGCAAGGAGAAAAGUGGGCAAUGGCAUCUGAGUUUGUUCUUCUGA